AUGGUGAAUCGGUGGAACAAGGCGAUUGCCGUGGGGCUUCGCCACAACCAUGACAUAUCCUUCAUCGCCACACAGCGCAAGACCAUGGCCCUCGUCUUCUACGUCACCAACUAUGCGACCAAGGUAGAGGACCCCGUGUGGAAGCGCGUCGUCGCGGCCGCGGAUCUCUUGCCUCCCAGAGCAGGCGACGAAAUGGCCGACGACGCGGAGGUUCGUGGAGGCGAAGGUGGCGGGGACGAUGGCAAACAAAACAGGACACGACAAUUCUUGAUGAAGGUGGCGAAUCGCGUGUUUACGGAGAGGCCGUUAUCGCAGGUCGAGGUUAUUGCGGAUCUUCUGGGAUACCCGACUGAACUGACGAAUAACGAGGCCCGCCGCCUGGGAGGUCCCGCUCGAGAGCGGCUGGGCUCCGGGAGCCGUUGGGUGCAGGUGCUCAGGCGACCGGGCAAGCAGGCCAUGGUCUGCCUCGAUGGGUAUUUGAGCAAGGAUUUCGACGAAGACGACGAAGGUCGUGCUACCGAAGAGCGGCUGUGCAGCAUCUUGCGCUAUUCGUGCCCUCUGGUCCCGAGGAUAUCAUGUUACGUCGAUAACGUGCAGUUGCUGCGACGGUCGGCCGAAGAUGCAAAGCGGGACGCCAAGCAGUGGGCAGCCUCAUCCGGGGACCGUGACGCCACGGCAGUACAUCCGGACGAGGAUGGCACUGGGGAGGCGGGUGUCGAGCCUGGAUCGGUAUACCAGGCCGACAGUACCGGAAACACGAUGCGUCUAAUCGACGUUGUCAGAAGCUCGAUCGGGGCGAACCAAAUCACGGCCGGCUCGCCAGAGCUCACGGCGAUGAUGCAGGAGCUCAGCCGCUUCCAGCAAUUGGCGUUGUCGUCGUCUUCCGAGUUCCAGGCCGCAAUACUAUCCGAACGGGGCCCAAGACGAAUCAACAUCCCGGGCGGGCAUUCUCCGGAGCCAGAAUACCGCCGCAGAGUCAGCGUGCUCACGGGUUUCGGGGAUGACGAUAUCCAGAUGACGGCGGCGGACCUCGAGGAAACGGUAGAGGAGGCCAGCGCGGGAAUGGAGAUCCGGCUUGGCACCUCAACCUCCUUUAUCGAGGCGGGUAAGGCCCUGGUAGCGAGGUUCACGCUGAACAAGAAGGAAAAAGGCAACGUGCGUCAGCUGUGCCAAUUCGUCGGUGGAGAGGGCGGAACGGGCAAGUCGCGAGUUAUCGAGGCGCUCGUCGAGCUCUUCGCGUCCAAGGAUCAAUCGAAUCGCCUGAUAAUAACGGCGACGUCAGGGACUGCAGCAGCACGGAUCAACGGCAUCACGAUCCACUCCGCCUGCGGGUUCUCCAAAGAUCUCGCGGCAGUCGCAAACACGGGCAAGGAUCUCGACGGGGUGCGAAUGCCGAACCAGGCGGAGCGGUUCGUCCACGGGCAGUCCCGGAUGGACUGGCAGGAGAAGGACGUGCUUGUCGUUGACGAGGUUAGCAUGCUCGGGGCGCGGACGCUACACGCAGUCAACGAGCAGCUCUGCCGGCUGCGCGGGUCGCACCGGGAUUUUGGAGGGAUCCCCAUCGUCCUCUUCUGCGGAGACUUCCACCAAUUCCGCCCGGUCCAAGAGCGGUCGAUCCUCCUCCCCAGCACGGUUGUCUCGUGGGACAUGGACAACUCUUUCAAGGCCGAGCAACGGCACCAGCACGACAAGGCGCACGCGCUGUGGAAGAGGUUCACGGCGGUCGUCAUGCUGGACGAGCAAGUGCGCGCCGCCGACGACCCAGAGCUGCAGAGGCUGUUAAAGCGAAUCCGACUGGGUGUGCAGGACCGCACGGAUCUGGACCUCCUCAACACCAGGUGCUACCAGGAGGGUAGGCAGAUCCCGUGGGCAUCAGGCAUCACCGUGGUGACGCCGCUGAACAGGAACCGGUGGAACCUGAACAUGGAGGCCAGCUUGGCGUUCCAGAUCCAGCACCGGUCGACGUUACGCAUCUUCAUAUCCGGCCAUAAAUGGAAGGAGGGCUUGCCGACGGAGGAGGAGGCCAUCAUGAUCCUAAACCAGGGCGACGAUAGCGCAAUACCGGUGCCGGCCGUCUUCAUGUUCGUGCCGGGGAUGCCGGUCGUCGUGAACCACAACACCCACCAGGGGUUAAAGCUGGUGAACGGUGCCAGCUACGCGGCGCUGGAGGUUAUCCUCGACAAGUCGUACCCGGGGCAUCGCAUCUCGGCCGACAUGACGAUCCAUUUCGGGCCGCCGGCGGGGAUAAUGCUAGAGUCCGAGACGACGAAAGAUGUUCAAUUCAACGACGUCAGUCGAAAGGGCCUGCCCUGUACGGCAGCCUUCGCGUGCACAGACUAUAAAGUGCAGGGCAGGACGCUCGAGCGUGUGGCUCUGGAGCUGCGGGGGACGCGGACGUCAAACAUCGAGGACGCGCCGUGUCCUCGCAGUGCGACCCGUACAGCCUUGCGGGAGAGAGACUUGGUGGGCAACAAAGUCCCGGACGAGAUGACCGACGCAGAAGCGAGGCUGGGUCGGCUGAGUGACAAGACUGUUCGCGAGGCCUUGGAAUGGCUAGACGUUGAUUCCUUAGACCCUGCGGGCUUGCACGUGAAGCUAUCGUGA